GCAGUGCGUGCUCCGCCGGCCAUCGCCAGUUCGCCAUUGCUCCCUCCCCGUCGCACGCAUGCGCGCGCAUCUCCGUCUUCGUGUUCGCGCGCAAGGGUUUCAUUCAUGUGAAUCGUAUCGAGGAUCCUGUGAGCCGCCGUAUCUCUUCUGUUAUUCAUGAUCGCUUGAUCUUGCACGCGCGCACACAGUUCUUGGAGCGGUGCAUAUAUAAGCGCUCGCGAGCCUUGCCUAGUUAUCUCAUCCUGCUCGAUCUCGCUGCUUCCUCUGUCUCGAAUUGAGAUAUACUCUGGUAGCUAGCUGCUCUCUCUAUCAUAAACUAGGCGCCGAGACUAAUGAGGAGGUUUACUGCCGUGGAAACUCGGAGGGCGCUGGUGUUUGCCCUUGUCCUUGUCAUGAGCUCCUUCGUGACCCAUGGCGUCAGAACAACACCAACAGGUACGUCAGGUUCAGCCGCCGACGCCCUGCGACCUGGAAAUACUACGACACCGUCUGGGUCUGGAGCUGCAAGCCAGGACGAGUACGGAGGCCAGGCGCCAACGCACCACCAUCAGGGCCAGGCAACGCAAGAGGGGAAGAAGGAGGAGCUGACGUCGCUGAAGGAGAGGGCGGUGGCGGGAUCAAGGCUGCCGGACUGCGGGCACGCGUGCGGGCCGUGCGCCCCGUGCAAGCGGGUCAUGGUGAGCUUCCGCUGCCUCCACGACGCCGAGUCCUGUCCCCUCGCCUACCGCUGCAUGUGCCGCGGCAAGUUCUUCCGCGUUCCCACGUUCUAGCUACACUCGGGCAGCGCCCGUCGUACUACUAUGUAACCUUGUGAAUGCUUUUGCGGUUGGUAUGUAAUAUUAGUGUGAUGUGGUGACAGUGGUACUGUGUUUAAAGUUACUAGAGUAGUACCAGGGCCGGUUCUACAUUUUGUGAGGCCCUAGGGCAAA